AUGGAUACAGAAAUAGAAUUAAUUAAAAAGAAGAAUCGGCUGAAGCGAGAUGGCAAUCUUCAGCAACUUGCGAACAUUGUCAAAGAACUUGGGGAUGCAUAUUUCGAAACAGGAAAAUACCAAGAUGCUUUGCAAGAGUACAAUGAACAAUUGGAGGUUUGUAACAUCUUAGGUGAUAAACUAAACAGUGCUGUGGCUCAUAGAAUGAUUGGAGAAAUACUUGUAAACCUUGGUAUUUAUGAGGAAGCAUUAAAGCAUCAGAAUCAUUAUUUGGAAGGAGCCAAGGAGAUAAACAAUUUAUUAGAGGAACAACGAGCUUAUGCGACAUUAGGUAGAACAUAUUUCUGCUGGGGUGAAAGUUUACAUGAAAACUCAGAAAAAAAAAUUGAAGCUCUCACAAAUGCGAGGAAAGCCUAUGUGAAGAGUAUACGACUGUGCAAUGAAUUAGGAGACACAAAUAUAGAGUUGAAGGAAUUGAUUACUAUGAGGGCACGAUUACUCCUAAAUUUGGGAUUGGUGCUAGAAGGUCAAAAGGAACAUAAUCAGGCUGUUGAUCUUGUGGAGAAAGCUGCUGCAUUGUGCGAGACACACAAUUUACGAGAAGAUUUUCACAGGACACAGAUUGCUCUAGGCGGAAUUCAUGAUCGUCAAAACGAUUAUGUGUCAGCUUUAAGACAUUUUGAAGCCGCUGCAGAAAUCGACAAUACAUCUUUGAAGACGGAAGCACAAUUAUUUCAAGCAGAAAUACUUUUAAAAAUGGAAAAAUGGUGUGAAUCGCGCAAGAUAUUGGUGUCCCUUUAUGUUACAGAGAAUUUGCCUGAAAAUGUUAAACAACAAGUGGAGAAGACACUCAGAAUUGUGGCGACCUUACAUACAACUGAGCAAGCUCUAAGCACAGAAAAAAGUACGAGUGGCAAGAUGAGACUGUAUGAGGUACUUGGAGAUGCAGCAGUUGCGGCACAUUGUUUCGAGAAAGCGGUUGAUUAUUACAGAAAAAUGCUUAAAUGUGCAGAAGAAAUUCGAAGCGAUCGCACGGGAGCAGCUUUGCUAAGUCUAGCACAGACUUUGAAGGAUGUAAGACGAUAUAACGAGGCGUUAGAGUUUGCUCAGAAGGAAUUAAAACUCUGCACGGACCCACGUGAAAUCUGUCGGUCUGCUUUGUUCUUGGCAGAUUUAUUAAUAGCUACUCGAGCAACCGAUGAAACGAUUCAGGAUGUUUAUAAUUUAGCUUUAAAUAACGCAAAAGUUUGUACCGACGUUUCCUUGGAAGUGUCUGUUUUGAAAGAACAGUUAAAUUAUUUAAGCGAGUCCGGAAAAGUGGAGGAGAUAGAAACACUUAAAGAAAAGUUAGAGACGCUAAAAGAAUUAUCCAGUGGUGUAGACAGCGAAGAUGAAUCGGACGAAAACAACGUUGGUGCAAACAUUUGUUUGGAAGACUUGUCGGAUGUAGAAACUGAAUUGAAGGUCAAAGAGAACAGUAAAAUGAUGAACAGGAGACGAACCAGGAAAAGGUCGGUAGCUGUAAAAAGGAACGAAAAAGGCGAAACGCAACUUCAUGUAGCUUGUAUCAAUGGAAAUAUUGAAGGUGUCGAGAAAUUAAUAGCGGCUGGUCAUCCGACAUGUGUUAGAGAUCAUUUUGGUUGGACUCCUCUUCACGAGGCUGCUAAUCAUGGCCACGUGGAAGUUGCAAAGUUAUUGUUAGAGAACGGUGCAGAGGUAAAUGAUCCCGGAAGUCUUAUGUGCCAGGGAGUUACACCUCUUCACGAUGCAGCGUCCUGUGGUAAUAUUUCUAUGAUGAGACUCUUAAUAGAACACGGAGCAAAUGUUGAACUUAAGGCGAACGAAGGUGACACCGUAUUAGAUUGUUUAGAACAGUGGAGAGAUCGUGUCGAUUACUUGUCUUCGGACGAGCAAGCAGAUUAUGAAGAAAUGUAUAAGAAGUUGUCUGUUAUGCUCCCGAUAAGCACAAGAACAAACUUGAAACGAUCAAGUAAAUCGCCGCGUAACUUAAUAUACAAACAUGUUAAUGAUAAGGAGGAUAACGUGGAAACAAUUUCCGCAGGCGAGGACUAUAAAAGAACUAUAGCAAGUCUAAAACAUAGAAGUGAUCCAGUUGGAAAAUCUACAACUUGUAUUAAACGUAACGUAAAGCCGCUCUUGAAUAGCGAAGAAGUUGUUUUGGAUGAUUGGUUGGAAGACGAUAUGGAUGAGGGUGUAUGGGAGAAGUCUUCCAAUGAUAAUGUCACUUUAGCAAAAAGAAAAUCAAGCAAUUGCGGCAUUGACUACGAAAAGAAUUCGAAAAGGAAAAGAACAAACGAUCAAGGUCAUACGUUAAAGGAACGGGAAGAAAAUUUGUCGGACGAGGAGAGUAAUGAUAGUUGCGACGUUGAAGUAAUGCAUUCUUUAAAUGAACAUAGACAUCGAAGAAGAAACCAGCAGACGUCUUUAUUAUCAGUCGGAUUUACGAAAGAUUCCGUUUCUCGAACACCAUCGCCUAUGGAUCCGUCUCCUAUUGAAUUUCAAGAGUCAAGAAAAGCCGAUACUGCAAUUAAGUCUAUUAUUUUAAAUGUAUCCGUUGAAGAGAAAAUGUUAAAAACACAGGUAGAAUUAUCAAAAGCAACAACACAAUUGUCGGUCGAAGGAAUAUUAAUUGAUAUUCAAACAAAGUUUUACAAUGAUACCGGCUGUAAUGUAAAGCUCGAUUUGAAAACUAUGAACGGUAUUCCAGUAAAUUCGAAUAACAUAUUCAGAAUUUUGAAUGAAGGGGAUAUUGUUCAAAGUUACAAAUGCGAAAUAAUUGAAUUGGAAACGCCGUCUAUAGUUGAAAGAUAUGGAACCAUUUGUGGAACUUAUGGCAUAAGUAAGUGUGAAGUCAUAUCAAAGUGUUUAAAGUCAUGCGAGAAUACGUUUACCUUAAGAUUAAAACAGGAAGAUACUAGUAAGCAAGAACUUUUGUCUGUGUUAAAGACUUUAGAAUAUCAGAAGAACGUGCAAAUACUUGAUUUAUCCAAUGGAGAAUUACAAGAUAUAGUAGGGGUCGUUUUAAGUGAUUGCUUUUCAAAAUUAUCGACUUUACAGGAAUUGUCUUUACAAGGAUGUGAUAUAGAUUCCAAGUGCUUGAACAAGUUGGUAAACUUGCCAUUGCAACUGAAAUUGUUAGAUCUCAGCUAUAAUCCCCUUGGACCAACGAGCCAGGAAAUACUAUGUAAACUUCUCACUCCUUUAUUACAACUUCGUACCUUAAUGUUACGAUAUUGUCAACUGUCCAAUUUACGUUUUCUUUCGAAUAACAAUAGCCUGGUAAAUUUAGAUGUUUCUUGGAACAACUUCUUCGAAGAUGGACUCUGUAACUCCUUACAGAGACAAUUACUUAAUUUAAAUUUAUCAAAUACUGCUCCGUCGAAUGAACAUAAUUUAGUUAAAACUAUUUUCAAUAUCACAAAUGUUUCAUUUACGAAUUUGGAGUGUCUGGAGCUUGCUGCAUGCCACUUGUCGGAUAUUGAUGUAAGAAACAUAUUAUCGCAGGUAUCGAAUCUUUCUAAAUUGGUGCUGAGAGGUAACAGAGAAAUAGGUGUGCAAUCCUUGAAUUUGCUAUUAAAAUACGCACCGACGGUAAGGCACAUCGAUGUUAGCGGUUGUAAAAGUAUUUCUGAGUAUCCAGAUCCGGGAGUAUUUAUCGAGAGUCCAGAAGUUUGUACAGUCAUCGUGAACAUGUUUACUAGUGUAUGCGAGUGUUGGCUUUAUUUAUGGCGAGGAAAAGGCGUUGUAAAAAACUUGUCCCAUAAUCUAGUAAUUUUUAAACCCAUUAAUAGGAGGAUUACCAGCUAAAGUUCAGAGUUUUUUUUUAUGUACAAAUCUGUAUAGAACUCUGAAAUAAUGUAAUAAGUUGCAGGUGGUUUCUAUUCCGCCUGUUCUAUUAUAUGUACAUGUACCGUAUACGUUUGGCAUUCAUACUUUCAUGUUUGAUGGAAGAGAAUCGGCUGGAAUUUAACAUGACUUACCAAUGAACCAUAUUUUUACACGC